GUUGGCGCUCUCAGCCUGCGUAGCAAUCAGGGCCUUCGUGCCGCCAGCCCAGCCAAACGCAGCGCCGGCCCUCCGCGCUUCUGCAGCAGCAGUCCUGGCCGCCUCCACUGCUCUGCCAGCCGGUGCUGCGGAUGAGUACCUGAACUACAACAUGACAGGUGAAUUCACCCCUUUCAUGAUCAUCGGGUACUUUGGCCUUACCACUUUCCUCACGGCCUUUGCCUUCGGCUCGUUGGCGCUCUCAGCCUGCGUAGCAAUCAGGGCCUUCGUGCCGCCAGCCCAGCCAAACGCAGCGCCGGCCCUCCGCGCUUCUGCAGCAGCAGUCCUGGCCGCCUCCACUGCUCUGCCAGCCGGUGCUGCGGAUGAGUACCUGAACUACAACAUGACAGGUGAAUUCACCCCUUUCAUGAUCAUCGGGUACUUUGGCCUUACCACUUUCCUCACGGCCUUUGCCUUCGGCUCGUACCUCAUCCUGACCAAGCUGAAGAUCAUUUGA